CGUAUUUGCCCCGACGACCUCCGCAGGGUUAUCUGUACCCGGCACCCAACUAGCGGAGUCCUGUGCGCCAUGCCCGACACCUGGGACAAGGACGUGUACCCCGACCCCCCGCGCCGCACGCCGGCGCCCUCCCCGCAAACCUCGCUGCCCAACCCCAUCACCUACUUCACGAAGGCAUUCGACCUCCUGGUGGACCGGCCCGUGACCCUCGUGAGAGAGUUUAUAGAGCAGCAGCAUGCCAAGAACAGGUAUUAUUACUAUCACCGGCAAUACCGCCGAGUGCCAGACAUCACAGAGUGCAAGGAGAAGGAUAUCCUGUGCAUUUUUGAGGCGGAAAUGCAAUGGAGAAGGGACUACAAAGUUGAUCAAGAAAUUGUCAACAUCAUCCAGGAGAGGCUAAAGGCCUGUCAGCAGAGGGAAGGAGAGAGCUACAAGCAGAACUGUGCCAUGGAAUUGGAACAGUUUGCCCAGGUGGCCAAGGCCUACCAGGACCGCUAUCAUGACCUGGGAGCCCAUUAUUCUGCCAGAAAGUGCCUGGCAAAGCAGAAGCAGAGAAUGUUGGCAGAGAGAAAAGCUGCUAAGGAGGCUGCUGCCGCCUGAGGCCUCUUAACUAACCUGCUGCAUUGCUGAAAUAAAGUGAUUUAACUCUA